GCCGGCGGGGCGGCCGCUCCCGGCACAGCGCGCGGCGUCCCCUCAGCCGCCCCGGCCGCCCGGAGCUGUGGCUGCUCCUUCCUGCUUUCUCCCUCCCUCCUCCUUCUUCUUCCUUCUCCUCCCCUUCAGGAGCCGGCGGCGAGCGAGGAGAAGCGAGUGCCGCGGCCGGCAUGUGAAGCGGGGCACCCCCUGGCCGCCGCUUGCCUCCGGUUCCUGCCCGGUUCUUCCUGGGGCUUCGCUCGCCAUGAAGAAGUUUUCUCGCAUGCCCAAGUCUGAGGGCAGCGGCGGCGGCGGCGGGACGGCGUGCGGUGGCUCCGGGAGCGGCGUGGCCCUGGGCAAGGCGCUGGCGGUGGGGCGGUACCAGGUGACCCCCGAGGAGCCGCUCGCCGAAGGUGGCUUCUCCACGGUGUUCCUGGUGCGCACGCCCAGCGGCACGCGCUGCGCGCUGAAGAGGAUGUGUGUAAAUAAUGUGCCAGACCUCAACAUCUGCAAGAGGGAAAUCACCAUUAUGAAAGAGUUAUCUGGGCACAAGAACAUAGUGAGUUAUUUGGACUGUGCUGUCAACUCACUAAGUGAUAACGUGUGGGAAGUGCUCAUCCUCAUGGAGUACUGUCGAGCUGGGCAAGUUGUGAACCAGAUGAACCAGCGUCUGCAGACAGGCUUCACGGAGCCAGAAGUCAUGAGGAUAUUUUGUGACACCUGUGAAGCUGUUGCCAGGUUGCAUCAGUGCAAAACACCUAUAGUUCACCGGGACCUCAAGGUGGAGAACCUGUUGUUAAAUGAUAACGGGAACUACGUUCUCUGUGAUUUUGGCAGUGCCACUAACAAAUACCUGAACCCUCAAAAAGAUGGUGUUAAUAUGGUUGAAGAAGAAAUUAAAAAGUACACUACACUAUCGUACAGAGCUCCUGAGAUGAUCAAUCUAUAUGGAGGAAAGCCAAUAACUACCAAGGCAGAUAUCUGGGCGCUGGGCUGCUUGCUGUAUAAGCUGUGUUUCUUUUCCCUUCCCUUUGGAGAGAGUCAGGUGGCCAUUUGCGACGGGAGCUUUACCAUCCCGGAUGGCUCGCGGUACUCGCACAGCGUGCACUGCUUGAUCAGAUAUAUGCUUGAACCAGAUCAAGAGAAGAGACCUGAUAUCUUUCAAGUAUCUUACUUUGCCUUUAAAAUUGCCAAAAAGGAGUGUCCAGUGUCUAAUAUAAAUAAUUCUCCUGUCCCCUCAAGUCUUCCUGAGCCCAUGACAGCUAGUGAGGCAGCUGCUAGAAAAAGCCAAAUAAAAGCAAGAAUAACAGAUGCUGUAGGACCAACAGAAACCUCAAUUGCACCACGACAAAGACCAAAGGCCAAUUCGAGCACUGCCCCUUCCAGUGUGCUGGCGAUCCAGAGCUCAGCAACUCCUGUCAAAGUACAAGUUCCUGGGGAGUUUGCUAAUCGUGGCCAAAAAGGAACCACUCGACCAGGGAAUGGACAAGACAUCUCACAGUCCCAAGGGACCACCCCACAGCAGCACAGGGUCCUCCAGCAGCUGCAGCAGGGAGACUGGAGACUGCAGCAGCUGCACCACUUGCAGCACCAGCCCACCAUGCAGGAUGCUUAUAUCCAGCAGUAUCACCAAGCAGUGCACCAGCAGAUGGUCCAGCAGCAGCUGUUGCUGCAAUCUGUGUACCAGCAGCAGCCUGCCCAGUCACAGUAUCCUGCCAUGGUGCAGCAGUACCAGCAGGCUCUCCUGCAGCAGCAGAUGCUGGCUCAGCAGCGGGCACAGCAGGUGCAGUCCCCUGAGUACAUCACUUCUCCUCAAGACUUUGCACCAGCCUUAAUCUCCUUCCCCAGGUCGCUCCCAGUGCAUGGUGGAACAAUGGCAGAUCCUCCCUACCCUACCAACAGGUCAGGCAUUCCUGAUGCUGAAGCAAUUGCCAGUUACCCCAAGCAGAACAUCAGUAACCCACCUGAUAUGUCAGGUUGGAAUCCAUUUGGAGAGGACAAUUUUUCCAAGUUGACAGAGGAGGAGCUGCUGGACAGAGAGUUUGACCUGCUGAGAUCAAACAGGCUGGUGGACAGGAGAGCAUCUUCAGAUAAGAAUGUGGAGCCACAUGCUGUUCCACAGACAAGUCCUGCUGAAGAUCCCUUUGGUUCUGUUCCUUUCAUUUCUCAGCAAGGUUCCCCUGGAAAACAAGUGGAUAACUCAGCCAGCAGUAAAGGAAAUAACUUAGGGACCCCAUCAAAGGCUGGAAAAUUGAGCCAUUCAUUUAGAGAUCCCCGGGCAGGGAGGAAAAGUGCAGAGGGACACGUGACAAAAGGUGGCGAGGAGUCAGAGAGUGAUUUUGAAUCAGAUCCUCCUUCUCCCAAGAGCAGUGAGGAAGAAGAAGAACAGGAGGAUGAAGAAGUCUUGCAUGGAGAGAAUGGGGACUUCAAUGAUGACAAUGAUACAGAACCAGAGAAUUUAGGCCACCGACCUCUCCUCAUGGAUUCUGAGGAAGAGGUGGAAGAAGAAGAGGAAGAAAAGCAGAGCUCUGAUUCUGAUUGUGACCGAACCAAGCAAAAAUGUGUGGAAGGGCUCCUGGGCACUCAGUUGAGAGAUGGUGUGAGCAGCAGUGAAAUCACAGAGCCCAGUUCAGUGCCUAUGUCCCCGCCCAAGGUGCCAAGCACUCUGAUCAACUCUGGCCAAGAGUUUGACGUGUUUGGAGCUGUGCCCUUUUUCACCCUGCAGCCUCAGGCAAGAGAGAAAGUGGACAAAGAUGUUUCUUCUCAGGUGGCUUUUCCCAGCCUAAGCCAAGAGCAGGAUGACUUUGAUGUUUUCAUAAAAGCUCCUUUCAGCAAAAAGGUGCCGCAGCGAGACGGGCAGGGGUCAGGGAUGGAGCCUCUGCUCUCCCCCACCUCUCCGCGGAGCGUGGAUAUCUUUGGUUGCACCCCAUUUCAGCCCUCCCUUGUCCCCAGGUCUGCUGGGAGCAGGCAGGACCUGUUUGGGCUGGUUCCGUUUGAGGAGAUCACAGGCAGCCAGCAGCAGCAGAAGGUGAAGCAGCAGCGGAACCUGCAGAAGCUGUCUUCCCGCCAGAGGCGCCUGAAGCAGGAGGUGCCCAAGAACAACGGGAAGCGCCACCACGGCACGCCCACCAGCGCCAAGAAGGGGCUGAAACCCAGCUACCGCACCCCUGAGCGCGCCCGCCGGCACAGGAAGGCCGGCCGCAGGGACUCGCAGAGCAGCAACGAGUUCCUGACCAUCUCGGACUCCAAGGAGAACAUCAGCGUGGCCCUGACUGACAGCAAGGAUCGAGCCAACCCUCUGCAGCCGGACGAGGCGCUGCUGGAUCCUUUCGGAGCCAAGCCCUUCCACCCGCCGGAGCUGAUGCGCCAUGCCCAGCACCAGGGCUUUGGGGACAGCCGCGGGGACCACGGCACGGUGGUGGUGGCUGGCAGGCCCAGGCAGAGCUCCUUGCACGGGGCUGUUCACGGCGGGGACGGGCUGAAAACAGAUGACUUUGGUGCUGUGCCCUUCACAGAGCUGGUGGUGCAGAGCACGCAGAGCCAACCACAGCAGGCACUGGAGUUAGAUCCCUUUGGAGCAGCUCCGUUCCCUUCUAAACAGUAGAGGCUUCCAGUGGGUUACCCCCCCUUCCACCUCUCCAAGUCCCUUAGUAAAGGCGUAGUGGACUAAUUUAUGUGGUUGAAAUGCCAGGGGCCUGGGUUGUACAGCUUGUUUGGGGUGAGGAGGCAGUGGCCUGCAUGCCUGGUGGAAUUGCAGAUAAUGGCUAAUUCUGAUUUGGACCUUUUGAGGAAAAGAGAAAAAAAAUCAGAACUGUUGUUUCCUUAUGGCAUAUGGCUCCCAGAAUGAAAUGAGGAGUUGGAUACAAAUCCCUGUCACUGACUUGGGGCCCUGGGACAUACUGUUGUUUGUGCACUUUGGUCUUGCCUUUCCAUCCCUGUGCCAUGUGCCCCGGUGGAGCGGAAGAGGCGGGGAGCACGUGGAAGUUGUUUCCCACAUGUACAGGAGGCUAAUGAACUGCGGUGCUUCUUCUUGUCUCUGCAGACCUAAGAACCAAGACAUACUGAUAUCCAGAUUAUGUGCUGGAAGUAGCCAAGUCUUUGCUUCCUAGGUGAAAACUACCUUUAUUAAUCGUAAAAAUAAAGCAGCCACAUCCUCAAGGGGCUGUGGCCCAGAAUUCCAGAGCACAGCUAUAUGGCUUGGGACCUUGGAGACAUCUAUGCAGCUGCAGAGAUGAAAGGCAGAUUUUUUUUUUUUCUUGUGUGCCUAAAUGGUCAAUUUUGAAAUAUUUUUUUAAUAGUAAGUGCCAUUAAUGUAAAGUAGCAAACUGGAAAUGUAGAGUCAAAACUAAAGAAGCAGGUGAUUUACUGAUCUGUGAGUAUGUGUGGGGGAGUGAGCCAGCAGGGACACAGCCGGGAUUGCAGCACUUUGGGAGACUCCUCAGCACACUGGAAGAUGGGCUGUCCUUGGGCACGUGGAGUGCUUCAGAUGACUUGCAGAGUUGACUGUGAGGUACAGCCAUUGGAUUGGUUUGAUUACAGCUUGGGAUUUGUGUCUGUUUUCCUCUUGGAUUUUGAUUCGGAAGAAAAUGUGUUGGUUUUUGACCACAAUAGUUUUAUGAAAUGACUGUAACCUGAUGCUCUUUAAGGGUCGCUAAAUGCACUGAGCUUUGGAGACGCUUCCUGCCCCGGCUGUGUUCCAGCAGGAGCUGGUGGCUGUCGGACCACUGAGCUGCGUUUCACCCCACGGAGCCUUUCGGAAAGGACUCCUGUCCUGCUGCCCAGGGCCGCCGGGAGGCGCCUCGGGUGAUGGCAGGAGGAGUGCACACUGCCGAGCACAGCGUUUGCUUCCUGAGGUGCAGCAGCUGCUGGUGUGUGCAGACAGUGCCCCUCGGAACAGGCCUGCCUGGGUUCCUUGGCUGUCCUCACGGGGACACGGAAGGAGGUGGCUCCUCAGCUUGUCCCACCUUCCUGUCCUGCUCCACUGGAGGCUGAGGAGUGGGUAGCUGGGUGUUUGUGCAUGGGGGACAUCCCUGUUUGUGGCCGGGUGUCCUCACGUGCCCCCCUGUCACAGGUGAAGUGAAAUAGUCAGGGUUGUGAGCUUCUUUCCCCCACCGCCUCCUGCUGGAUAUUCAGGAGGUGAUUGGGGGCACUUGGUCCCUUUCAAUAUUCACCGAAAACACAUGGAAAACAAAUCACGUGACUCCUUUGGGAUCAGUUUGACAAAAUGCCCCCAGUAUAGAUGUGAGAUUGCUUCCCUUAGCUCUGGAAUCUGAACGUAGCUCAUCGUGAUGGUGUACAGAUAGCUACCUUCAUCUUCCUCAGUUUCACCUCUCACAGGGUGUAAAGUGGGAUAUUCCAGCUGUGCCUGCUUCAGUGUGCCUUUUCCAGGCUUAGGAGUUAAGCCCUUAGGAGAUGGAGUAGAAAUGUUUGAACACAGGACUUUGCAGGCUUUAUUACUGCUCUUCUCACCUGUUUGGUGCCAAAGGCUGCAAAGAAGCACAUGCCAAUUUUUGUAGCAUUUCUGACACUCAGGUUAACAGUCUUUGUCCCUUGUUUUCUAAUCUCUGUGCAUGCUUAUGAGCUGCCCUUCUCAAUGUCUUUCAGAGCUGUUAUCUGCCUGAAGAGCCCUUGGAACACAGCAAGAUGACAAAUGUGGCAGUGAGGUGGACACAAAGUGAGAUGAAAACUGUGGUCCUAACUGUGGGUGGUCCUCACCAAAGCCAGGCUGUUGUUUUCUUCCCAGUGGGAAAGCAAGGGGAAGGGUUAAUGAUGCACGUGGCCCUGGGGCUUGGCUCCAGGGCCCAGGAGGAGAGGUGGGGGCUGUUGGAUAUGGAGGGAGGAGGCUGGGCACCAGAAGACCCAGUGUGGGCAGAAGCCAUCAGGUAAAUUACAGCUAGGAAAUGUGUUCAGUACUGUUGGUUUACCCCAGGGCUCCAGGCUGAGGAGGGCUGCAGGGGCUUGGGCAGAGGGUCUCUAUGCACUUACACUGCAGCACAGCCAAGCUGAAGGGAGAGACAAGGCAAAGGCAAGCUGCAGACCCCAGUGACUCUAGAGCUGGCACGAGUUAUGGCCCAUGAUAUUUGCCUCCUAAUGGCUUUAACAAACCUGUUUCUUCAUACUCGAGACACCAAUCAGGUUUUUACUGAAAUUUAACUUUUGCUUUAGAGUUACUUACUUUAUUCUUUCUCAUGGUCGAUGUGAGAUUGGUGCACCCUGCUAAGCUGACUUUUCAUGGUUUAUGUAGUUUAUGCACACCUGAACCCGAGUUUGGGGUUGUUUUCAGCCACUAUGCACUAUUCAAAGGAGGUGAAAUGUGUGACUGUCAGGGAAUGGGGUAUCCUUUGCUCUUCUUCAGGGUGUGUGGAAUGCAACGUGACCUUAGUAGAAAUCAGGAAGGCCCUUGCUGCAGUAGACAUGUAUGUGCUGCCUGUGGUAGCAAGAAGGCAGGGUAAAGGGUAGACACUCACCUUCCAGACAGAAAUCCCAAUGGGUUUCUACAGCUUCUUCAGCAUGCUGAGGGACUGAAGCACAGGCCUAGGAUCAGCUGCUGGAGACAGCGUCUGUCCCAAAGUGCUAGGAAGCACAACCACUGCUAAGUGGUUGUGAUGAUGGAAGGAAAAACCAGGUAGUUGUGUUUGCCUGCGGACUCCAAGGGCUUUUAGGUGUGUAAUUAAUGCAACUAAUGCUGUGGUGGGGGGCUCUGUGAGCACCAGUGUCGGAGGAAAAAGCUUAUAAUCAUUCUGGGUGUCCCAGUUAGUAAAACCAAGUACUGUGAAAAUAAGUUGAUAUAUUUGCUACUGUGAGAAAAAGAGUUUAUCUGGAGUUUUUUAUACUAUAUGGUGUAUUUUUAUAUAUCCAAGAAGUAUAUAUAAAAUAUACACAUGCUCGCACACAUCACGUACCCCUUGGAGUUGCUGUGGUGUUGUUAACCCAGCAGCCACAAUCAUGUUUGUGACUUGAGUGAAUAUGAGUUAAGCACCACGGGUGGCUGCUGUGUUACUGUUCCACAGAGCUUAUUUUGAAAGGAAAUCAAGGAGCUGGUGUGCAUGGUAAAGUUGUGAUUGAGGCAUCACCUACUAUUAAAGAGCAUAAAAACUAUUUUAAAAUUGCUGGCAUUCAGCUUUUAAGUGCACUUGCCUGAACUACACUUCCAUUUCUUGUUAGACUUGGGGUUUCUAAAGCUUUUUUGUGUACUACUAAAGCCAGAACUUUUAACUUUUUUUGUGAAGCUGAUGUAUAUCAUAAAACCCUUGGAGUUGUUAAAUAAAGGAACCUGGUAACAGUG